AUGCCCUCGCAGUUAAUCUCGAAAUGGGUCGGCCCUGAUCGCUGGAUUCCAGUUCAGAUGGUCACCUGGAGUCUGAUUGCUGCCUGUCAAUCUUUUAUGAAAAACAAGAGUGGUUAUUACGCCUGUAGAGCCAUGCUAGGUCUCUUGGAAGGUGGUUUCAUCCCAGACACUAUUCUAUUUCUCUCAUUUUGGUAUAAGACCAAGGAGCUUCCUAUACGUCUUAGCUUUUUUUGGAUCUCUUAUGAAGGAACAUCUAUUCUCAGUGCGUUUUUGGCUUAUGGCUUCUUGCAUAUUCAUAACGCUCAAGGAAAUGGUGGUUGGCGCUAUCUGUUCGCCUUUGAAGGACUCAUUACCGGUGUUAUUGGUAUCGUGGCAGCAUUCUGGAUGCCAGCCUCUCCAACCCAGACAGCUGGGUGGUUGCGAGGAAAGAAAGGCUGGUUUAACGAGCACGAGGAAAAGAUCAUGGUCAAUCGUAUCUUACGCGAUGAUCCGAGUAAGGGAGGUAUGCACAAUCGCCAGCCUGUCACCCCCAAGAUGCUUUGGCAGGCCCUUAAGGACUAUGACAUGUGGAUCAUAUACUUGGUUGGAUUAACCUGGAUGGUUCCUAAUACUCCAGCAACCAGCUACAUUAGCCUGGAAUUGAAGUCACUUGGUUUUAGCACUUUCCAUACCAAUUUGCUGACCAUUCCUGCCUAUGUGCUGUUCAUUGUGAACUUACUUUGGAUUACAUGGUUCUCAGAAAGAUUUAACCAACGUCUCCUACUUGGUGUAUUUGCUGAAUUUUGGGCUCUAGUGCUCUUGAUUGCCCUUGAAGUUCUUCCUGAUAGCGCGAGUUCCUGGGCUCGGUGGAUUUUAAUCACACUACUGUUGGCUAUGCCGUAUGUGCAUGCAAUCAUUGUGGCAAUUACAUCUCGCAAUGCAGGAACUGUCAGAACUCGAACGGUUGCUACCGCGUUAUACAAUAUGUCAGUCCAGAUAAGUGCCAUUAUUGGGAGCAAUGUGAGUUUUCAACUUGAAUUUAUCACCUUUGAAAGCAACUCAAAGAUACAAGGCUAA